AUGGCGGACUUCGACGGAGUUAAACCUCACAAGGACGAUCCAGUAGUGGUCCAGCUCAGGGUUAACAAUUUUAAUGUCAGGCGAGUACUUUUAGACCAGGGAAGUUCAGAUGAUAUCAUUUAUGGGGAUGCGUUCGAUAAGUUGGGGCUGUCCGACAGCGAUUUGACACCUUAUGCAGGAACGCUUGUAGGUUUUGCCGGCGAGCAGGUCGUGGCCUCAUACAACAUAAUCAUUGGUAGACACACCUUGAACCAGCUUUGUGCAGUGAUCUCAACCGUGCAUCUGGCGGUUAAGUAUCCGCUUGGUAGCGGGAAGAUUAGAAAGCUCAAGGUUGAUCAAAAGACGGCGAGGGAAUGCUAUAAUAAUUUCUUGGAUCUGUACGGAAAGAAAAGCGCAGCAGUCGGUCAUCGUUGUUAUGAGAUCGAAACGCCAGAUGACAAUGUAGAUCCAAGGGGCAAGGGGCGGCUAAACAGACCCACACCGAUAGAAGAAACCAAGGCACUACAGUUUGGCGAGAGAGUGUUAAAAAUCGGAACCAAGCUUUCUAGUGAACAAGAGGAGCGCCUGGAAAAGUUGCUCGGUGAAAAUUUAGACCUCUUCGCGUGGAGCUGCAAAGACAUGCCUGGGAUAGACCCACAUUUCAUCUGCCACCGACUCGCGCUGAAUCCCAGCAUUAAGCCAGUCUCACAGCUUCUAUGUCGCAUGUGUGGCGACAAAGGAAAGGCGGCACAAUUGGAAGUCGACAAACUCCUUGCCGCAAAAUUUAUCAAAGAUGUCAAGUAUCCAACAUGGUUGGCAAAUGUUGUAAUGGUGAAAAAGGCGAAUGGAAAAUGGCGAAUGUGCGUAGACUACACAGAUCUCAAUAAGGCUUGCCCAAAAGAUCCUUAUCCCCUUCCCAGCAUCGAUAAAUUGUUCGAUGGCGCCUCUGGGAACGAGUUACUCAUCUUGAUGGACGCCUAUUCGGGGUAUCAUCAGAUUCGGAUGCACCAGUCAGACAAAGACAAGACGGCAUUCAUGACUGCCAGCGUUAACUAUUGCUACCGAACCAUGCCUUUUGGUUUGAAGAAUGUCGGUGCUACUUAUCAAAGGUUGAUGGAUAGAGUCUUUGCUAAACAGAUCGGAAAAAACAUGGAGGUCUACGUAGACGAUAUGAUAGUAAAGUCAACUUUGGGGGCGAACCAUCACCAAGACUUAUCAGAGGCGUUCGCGGAGAUCCGCAAGCACAACAUGCGACUCAACCCAGAGAAGUGCUCGUUCGGCAUACAGGACGGGAAGUUUUUGGGCUUCAUGAUCACUUCGAGAGGAAUUGAGAUCAACCUCGACAAGUGCAAGGCGAUUCAGCAAAUGAAAAGUCCGACCACGGCAAAGGAGUAUGACAAGCGUGGGACUAUGAGCGCUCAGUCGCUGGUGGAUUUUGUUGUGGAAUUAACUUCUGAUUCCGGUGAACUGGUGAGUACUCAAUGGACCCUGUUCGUUGAUGGCUCCUCCAACAGCAGCGGCAGCGGCGCGGGAGUUACGCUUGAAGGGCCGGAGGAGUUCGCCCUGGAGCAAUCUUUGAAGUUUGAAUUUCAGGCUACAAACAAUCAGGCGGAGUAUGAGGCUUUGAUCGUCGGGCUCAAGUUGGCGAUCGACUUAAAAUAG